UGCAAUUCGGCGCCUCCGGUAUACGUAUGGGAAGUAUAAGUCCGACAUCAUCGCGAAAUUCUAGAUCGGAGCAAAACGAAACGCCAAAAGCGAAUACUCAAACUGUUAAUAAGAACAUUUAAGUUACUCUACCUAAACAAACCAAACAAAUCAAAAUGUCCACAAAGCUUCCAAUCAUUUCCGUUACCACCAACGAUCAUUCGGAAUCGGAAUGCUCAGAGGAUUCCCACAGCAAUGAUAUGGAUUAUAAUUUUAAUACGGGUGAAGUGACAGACGUUGAGGACUUCGACAGCCAGACUGAUAUGAAGAUAUUGCCAACUCGGAAAGCUUCCAACCAUACGCUUAAUAUACCUAAACAAAAUGAGAAAGACAAUGAUGCCACCGACAUUGAGGACUACAACGACACUGAUUCCGAGGAUGAUGAAGAGGAAAAGAGCAAUGUUUACCCCGAAUUAAAGUUAUCACUUCAAGAAUUCUUGCAGCAUGGACUGCGCGAACAAAGCAUGGUCGACAAUGAAGCCAAAGAAAAGGUGGAGAACAAAGCGGGUGACUUUUUGCAAGCACAAAAUUUGAAUGAAACAAGUGAUUUUCUAACAGACUGUGAAGACUACAAUACUGAAUCCGAAUUGGAUAAUGGUUGUGAGCGGUCGGUGUGUGUUGACUUAGAUACUGCCGUUGGUGAACAGGAUAGAGUAUUCAUUGCUGAUAGCGAGCGUUCUGUCAACGGGAAUGAACACUCUGAUGAAUACGAAGACUUAUCUGUGCUAAGCGACAUUAGCGAGCUCGCGUCGGCGCUGUCGGAUGUUGCUGGAACCGGUGGCGCACGUGGCAUGUCCGAAGAUGAAGUGCUGGAGAUUUCGGGCGAUGAAGAGGAGUGUCAAAUUGUUAUUUCAGAAUCGGCAUCCGAUGAAGAUGACCAGGUAUACGGCGAUAAUGCUAGUUUACCGCCUAUUGAUGUAGCAUUCAUCAGCAGUGGCAGUCAGCAGCGCAGGAAGUCGACAACUAUGUCUCUUAAUAAGAAUGCUUUUCUGACGGUGGCAAAUACAGGUGUAGAGGAGGUAUUAACAGAUGUUGAAAAACUUGAUGACUCUGCCGCGGAGGAUAGCUUCGAUAGUGAGGAAGAACAAAAAUCCAUACCCAGAGCGGUUAUACUAAGGGCCACUGGUGAAGAGUCUGCUGAUAUUACCGAUGUGGAAGAUGUAUUUUGCGAUGAUGUCGGCACACAAUCCUCAAAUGAACCUAACGCAAUAUCGGACUCUAUGCUGCCACCAGUACAUCGUGAGAUGGUGGUACUUAAGGAAGAUAAAUUUGGCGACACUAUUGAGAACGUGAUGCCAUUAGAUCGAGAAUAUCAAUUUGGUGUUUACAAUAGUGCAACCGACGGCAUGCAAACUGACGAUGAAGAUUACUCAUGUGCCGAUGAUUUGGAGCGAAAUGUCUCAAUCGCAGAGUGUUUGAAUGCGGAGAAUCUAAUUGAAGACGAAGUCACCGUACUAAAUGAGACGUUAAAACCACAGAUUAGCAAGCGCCUUGAAUUGCACGCCCACACAGAACCGGUGACAGAUAUUGAAGAAAUCUAUGUUGAUGGCACAAACAGGCGUAAAAAACUGAAGACACGAAGCCUGAGCAAAGGAAAAGCAAAACUCUUAGAUGUUGUUAGAGUUAAAGAGGACGGUGGCACCGACAUUGAAGACAUGGAUCUAAGUGAACGUGGUCUGCCACCAAAUCUGAAAUUAAAUGCAGCACAAAAGCAGCAUCAAGACGAUAGCAUUGAUAAAGCCACCGAUAUAGAAGAUAUCAGCGCUGACGAGGGGUCGGAUGUAUCCGAUAAUGAAGCUCAAUGCGACGCCGAUAUUGGCAGUUCGACUUUAAAGGCGUACAUAGCGAGUAACAGCAAUAUUGUGCUAACAAUAGAAACAGAUGGUCAAAGAAAAUCUCACAUAAAUCAUUUACAAACUUUGACAAUGGGCGCUGACAGCACUGGUGAUGUCACCAAUCUACCAAAUACCGAUAUUGAAGAUAUGCAAUGCACUUCUGAUGCCGACGAUGUUGACAGCGAUAAAGUGGCAGAUGACAUGCACACUGGCAAUUGCACUGAAUUCAACGAGUUGUUAAACGAGAGUUACACUGUGGUACACGAGAAGAACACCAAUAGCUUUAACGCCGAGGCGGAGAAACUUCAUAUGAAAGGAAAUGUUGAAACGCUUGAUGUGCAUACAGACAUCGAAUAUGUUGAAUCCGAUGAAUCGGCUGCCAGAGGUGGCAACUAAAAAGGGUACCCAACCAAUACAGCCAACAAUGAAGUUCACAAAGAAAGCAAACACAAACUAUAAACAAAAUAAAAAAAAUAUUUAAAAUACAUAAAAAAUAACAAAAACACAACAAAAUAAUUUAAACCAUAGAAGAAAAGCUCGUUUUAGAUGAGGAUUCGUUCCGAAAUAUUGAUUUAAUUAAAUAAACGCAAAUGCGUGCUUUAUGAAUGGUGAGCAGGCGAGAGUAUUGGCUUUGGGAUCGCGACAGAUAUGCCAUAUAAUUGUUACAUUCCCUACUGGAAAACAAGCUUUGCAUUUUAGUAUUAUCGGCGCAUCGAAAUUUAAGUAAUAUACAUUAAUCUAUUAACAACUAAUUCCAAUCUACAUAGAACACAAGUUUGAGCGAAAACACACACAAGCAUUACUGAAGGUUAUUAUGCCACGCAUAUUAAAUACAAAUUUGACAGUUUAUACAAAUUUAUCAAAUGUACUUCUAUUAUACUUGGUUUGCUAAUAAGAAACAAUAAAGGGACUCUUUAAGUGUACGUAUUAUCUGUUAAAUGUAUACAUACAUACAACUAUUUUCGUUAUUGGGCUUUUAAUAGUAAAAACUAAAUGUGAAAUAAAAUUUGAAUGAAAAUCUUUAUUAUACAAAUAUGUAUACUUGUUGCUAUUUUAACGGUAUGUAAUUUUUGGAAAAGUGAAAUUUUCUACGAUGCUUUUGAUUACGUAAACUGUAUGCGGUAAAUUAUAUUAAUAUGUGGUGUUAGAAGGAAGGAGGAACGUGGUAGUGUAUUUAAUAUUUUUUAAAGCUUAUUUGAAUAUAUAAGUCUUUCAUAUGUAAUUUAGUUUAAGCUGCUUCAAUGGAAUACAUGCGUAUAAGUUUGCAUAUGUAUGAUGCCUUAAUAAGAAAAAAAAUGAAAAUAAUAAAAAAUAAAAA